AUGCGGUUUCACUGGGCCGAGCCGAAUCGGCGAGUGGACUUUGAGAUCAAGGAUCUCCCAGCCAGCCCACUCAAGGAGCAAAUCCGACAGAAAGGGAAGGAUGCGGCAGAGGACAUCGCCAUGACUGUGGAGUACUUCGUGGCGGGGAACGGCAUCAUCGAUGACUCUGGCUCCUCGCGCAUGGCUGAUCGCCUUGCACAGGAUGAAGCUUCGCGUGGGUACCCAGAGGCUGAGAGAUUUGCCGAGAAGGCCUUGCAUGAGGGCCGCAAGUCGCUGUCGGAGGCUGUUACGCUGCUCCAGGAGGCCCUGGAUAACGAGGAGGCUGAGACAGAAGAGUCUGCUGAAUGA